CCGGUCUGCUCCGCCCCGCGCGCCCCGCCCCUCCGCUCCUAAGGGGGUUCUCCGAAGUGGGCACAGGAGUGAUGAGGGGAUCCUCACAAGCGUGGGCAUCACAGAACCCUCCAUUCCCCAUACCCAGGAAAAUGUGACGCGCUACAGGUGAUCAGCUUCUAGAUCACUACAGUCUAGCCACAAGUGAUUUUUGAGAUCCAGGGACAGGAAGAUGUCUAAAGAAAUGGCAGAUCAAAGAGAAGGAGAAGCUGGGGGCAAAGAGGUGUGCGGAGACCAGAUCAAAGGAUCGGACAAAGAGGAGGAACCGCCAGCUGCCUCAUCCCAUGGCCAGGGGUGGCGUCCAGGUGGCAGAGCAGCUAAGAACGCAAGACCUGAAUCGGGGGCUAGACCCCCUGCUCUCCCUGCCAUGGUCAAUGAUCCACCAUUACCUGCCUUAUUGUGGGCCCAGGAAGUGGGCCAUGUCUUGGCAGGCCGUGCCCGCAGGCUGCUGCUGCAGUUUGGGGUACUCUUCUGCACCAUCCUCCUCCUGCUCUGGGUGUCUGUCUUUCUCUAUGGCUCCUUCUACUAUUCCUACAUGCCAACAGUCAGCCACCUCAGCCCUGUGCAUUUCUACUACAGGACCGAUUGUGAUUCCUCUACCACCUCACUCUGCUCCUUUCCUGUUGCCAAUGUCUCACUGGCUAAAAGUGGACGUGAUCGGGUGCUGAUGUAUGGACAGCCAUAUCGCAUCACCUUAGAGCUUGAGUUGCCAGAGUCUCCUGUGAAUCAAGAUUUGGGCAUGUUUUUGGUCACUGUUUCAUGCUACACCAGAGGUGGCCGAAUCAUCUCCACCUCUUCCCGUUCGGUGAUGCUGCAUUACCGCUCAGACCUGCUCCAGAUGCUUGACACGCUGGUCUUCUCUAGCCUCCUUCUGUUUGGCUUUGCUGAGCAGAAGCAGCUCCUGGAGGUGGAACUCUAUGCGGACUAUAGAGAGAACUCGUACGUGCCAACAACUGGAGCAAUUAUUGAGAUCCACAGCAAGCGUAUCCAGAUGUAUGGAGCCUACCUUCGCAUCCAUGCCCAUUUCACUGGGCUCAGGUACCUGCUAUACAACUUCCCGAUGACCUGCGCCUUCAUAGGUGUUGCCAGCAACUUUACCUUCCUCAGCGUCAUUGUGCUCUUCAGCUACAUGCAGUGGGUGUGGGGGGGCAUCUGGCCCCGACACCGCUUCUCUUUGCAGGUUAAUAUCCGAAAAAGAGAGACUUCCCAGAAGGAAGGCCAACGAAGGAUCUCUACCCAUCAGCCUGGUAAAGGGCCUGAAGGACAGGAGGAGUCAACUCAACUGUCAGAUGUGACAGAGGAUGCAUCUGCGUCUGACUCAGCCCUACUCUUGGCCACAGAGGGUCAGCUGUCUGAGGAGGAGAAACCAGACCAGCAGCCCCUGAGUGGAGAGGAGGAGCUGGAGCGGGAGGCCAGUGAUGACUCCAUGGCUCUUCCAGGCUCUCUCUGCCUUCUGUGGCUCCUAGCCCUGACCUGGUCGGUUCCCAGAGCUCAGCCCUUGGCUCCUCAAGACUUCGAGGAAGAGGAGGAAGAUGAGACGGUGAGCACACCUUCCCUGGCUGUCCCCUGUGACUACGACCGUUGCCGCCACCUGCAGGUGCCCUGCAAUGAGUUGCAGAAGGCCAGGCCGGUGGCCUGCCUGUGCCCGGGGCUGUCUAGCCCUGCCUGGCCUCCGGACCCGCCACGCCUAGGAGAAGUGCGCAUUGUGGCCGAAGAGGGCCGCGCCGAGGUCCACUGGUGUGCCCCCUCCUCCCCGGUCCACCACUACCAGCUGCUGCUUUGGGAAGGCAGCGGGGCUCCGCAGAAGGGCCCCCUACUCAACACUACGGUCCGCAGAGCAGAACUGAAGGGACUUAAGCCUGGGGGCGCUUAUGUGGUUUGCGUGGUGGCUGGUAAUGAGGCCGGGGAGAGCCGCGUGUCCCAGGCAGGUGGGGAGGACCUCGAGGGGGUGUCCUUCCCGGCCUUCGGGCCCUGCGGUCGGCUCACCGUGCCACCCAGACCGGUCACCCUAAUCCACGCGGCCGUGGGGGUGGGCACAGCCCUGGCUCUGCUAAGCUGCGUCGCCCUGAUCUGGCACUUCUGCCUCCGCGAGCGCUGGGGCUGUCCGCGCCGCGCAGCCACCGCCCAAGCCGCAGGGGCGCUCUGAUGAGGGUCUGGGGGACUUCCGCGCAGCCCAGCCCCACCUGGAGCGCCAGCUGGCUCCCAGAAGGGCCAGCCCGCUGCCGCCUGGCGCCAGACAACUGGGCCGCAGCUGGGGGUCUCUGAACUGAGAGUUAAAGGUCAGGGCUUGCCACUUUGUUCCUGCCUGAAAGCUAGACAGAAGUAGAGAGGGUCAGAGAGUUAGUAAGCAGGUUUUGCAUGUUUAAGAGUAUAACAUUGAGAGGACUGGGGACAUAGCUCAGUUGGUAGAGUGCUUGUCUCACAUGCACAAGGCCCUGGGUUCAGKCCCCAGCACCUCCCCCUCCCAAAAAAAGUAUAAUAUUGAGGAUAUUAUGUAGGUACUUAUCUAGUCAUUUAAAAUAUAACCAUUAAAAAGUGUAAAACCCAUUCUUAGCUCAUGGGUCUUAUGGGUCUUAUAUAUAUAUGUCAGUGAGCAGGCCGGAUUUGCCCUUUGGCUUCAGUAAGUCAGCCCCUGCCAUACACCCUCAAAGGGUUCUGCUCUUGGGCUUGGUGGCCUGGACAAUUUAACAAGACUCUGUUUUAAACUACAAAAUUAAAAAAGGGACUGGGGAAGUAGCUCAGUGGUAGAGUACCCCUGGGUUCAAUCCUCAGAAGGGGUGGGGGGGGGACAAAAAGACACUGCCACUUUGGCACUUUGCAUAGCUUAAGGGGCAUUUGAGAAUAAGUUUCUGSAGGAUAAGAUUUUCUGAUUGGAGCCACAGUCUUCUUUGACCUUUCCUUAAGUUACCCAGAUGAGCAUAUCUGGAUCAGAGUCUGUUUCUGAGGAGGGUGGAGAUUAAGGACUGAGAUGGGAUACAGAAGAGAAGGAAGCCCCAAGCCUUUGUCRGGCACAUGUUUGUGCUCUUGCUAAUUAAAAUAAGACAAAUCAACAGUAAUACCAAGGAAUCCCCCAUUGGUGUUUAUUGUAUACCAACUGUGAUAACAU